GCCGGGAACGAGUUCGGGUGUGAGGUGAGGGGAACCAUUGGGAACGUGUAGGGUUAGAGGGAGGGCCCCCGAGGGCGGACUUCUCAUUCUGUUUCGAUUUGCUUGUCCCGAUUGGGGCUUGGAAAUAUUAUUACAGCACGGACCCCCUUCCAAGACCAACCCCCCCACCAGUCCCUCCCUCCCUCCCUCCCUCCCUCCUGCUUCAGGGUUUCAGUCCCCACCAUCACCGGCAAACCCAACGCACUAAAAGAAGUAAAACAAAAAAGAAGAAGAAGAGGAAGAUAAUGAAGAAGAAGAAUGACCGGCAACAACAACAACGAAAACAACAACCACCACAUGCAAGCAGUAGCAACAGCCGAAGCCGAAGACGAUGAAGCGAAGGAGAACGGAGGAAGAGGCGGAGGAGACGGGCAAUAAGUUGAUGCUGCACCUUGCUAUUGCCACCUGCAUCUUCGUGCUUUCCACUUUGUCGGUGGUGGGGCGUGUGUGGGGGGCGAGCCCGCUUGUACCAGACUGCAGUGCGCUGGAGCCACCCGAAUGCCACGUCAUUCCUGACGUGGACGACGAAGGCCACCAUGCCUACACCUCCUACUUGGAAUCAUGCCCAAACCAUGUGUGUGUCCAAGUAGCACCAAUAUUGCCACCUCUUCGACGACGCCGUAGACUUUCAUCCAUCCAAAUCACUUCUUCUUCAACAACUUCAGCACCAAUCACAAAUCUUUCAUCCACUUCUCCACUUGCUUCAUCCAGUGAGGUUGAUAUUGAAACGAACAUAUUGAACCCUUUACUUUCACAUCCAUACAAAUUUCAAAAUCAUCAAUUUUCUGUAACUGAUCCAUGGUUUUGUGCAGGGCUGGAUUUGAAUUACACAACACGGGUGGAAGCCAAUACGGGUUUUCCACCUGGAUACAAAGAGGAUGCCCAUGCUCGGUGUCAUUUCAUGCGCCUCCAAAAUCUACAAACUUUGGGAGAUUGUAGACAUUUGAGGUACUCAUGUAGAGAUUGUCAAUCAUUUUAUCGAAAUUGGUUAUGUGCAUUGGCAUUUCCAAGGUGUUUAAGCCAAGAUACAAGCACCCCAAUGCUUAAGAAAUUUCGAAGAGUUGAUAAUAUUGCUUUAUCUAACAACGACAUAAACACCAUUAACAUGAUGAAACCAUGUCGUGCAUUGUGUUUUGGUGUUCUACAAACUUGUCAACAGUACAUGAAAUUCUUUUGCCCAGAAACAGAUAUGAGAGAUUAUGGUGACUAUCCAAAUUGCAAUACAUUAGGACUUGAAAAUCAAGUAGAAAGCUAUGUUGUUUCUAUUUACAGAUGACAUGUUCAGAAAUAAAUUUAUUGAUAUUGUUGUUUACAUGGUGAAUCGAAAGCUGAUAGGUUUAAAAUGAGUGAAUGAAUGUAUGUAUAUGAUAAAUUGAUCAAGUGUUCUGGUAAUUUCUUAUACAAAUUGUAGAGAUGGAAAAUGCCUAGUAAUGAUUAUUUGACCUUAGUAAAAAAAAA